AUGUUAUGGAAUAACAUCAUGCAAACCUCUCGUGAACUCUUCGUGAACCCACUCCUCUGGACCUCCCACCAUAUGAACCUCGUAGGGUGUCAAUUUGUCGAAAAUGCCAUCAAUCCCAGCACAGAAUCCAUCCCAGACCAAGAAAAGAUCAAGAUACAAGGCCACCAGAGAAGCAUAAACACCCCAACCGACGCCGAGCUCCUUGCGAUAAAACCCCUUGCCACCGUAAAGCAUCGCUGCCUUGUCGAUAUUCUCGUCGGCCAGGGUCGCCCAUUCGCUAGAUACGGUAAAGGGCCCGAGUUCUUCUUCGCGGGCAUCCCCGUUCAUCAACCAUGCUAUACUGUGUUCCAUCGCCACGCGCAACCCCAACUCCACGAGAAUGUGUCCAGCGCUCCAUCCCUGAUAGGCUAUAUCCAUUACGGACACGUCAAAGGAGACCGCUCGAGGAUCUUCGAAGCCCGUCCGGAUCCGCGAGGACGCGGGAACCGCAUCGGUGCGGAAAUCGGCAAAAACCGUCUGGCUCGAGUCACUCCAAAGCAAUGGACUGAAGAUCCAUAUUUCAUAUGCUCGCGUCUUCUGGUGACCAAUAUGACGGACCACGAGUGUAUCUAUCUAUAUGAGACGGAAAUCACGGCUGAGUUUCUGCGGGCGCUUGACGAACCGAAAGCAGCUACGGACGAUAUCGAGUGGUCUGUGGUUCGGUGGAGAAGGCUUUCCUUCAAGCCGUAUGAUACCUUUGCAGAUCGGCUUGCUGCUGAGCUGAUGGCUCCUAAUACUGGUUCUUCAUGCUGUGAGAAUAAGAGAUUAAGUAUCAUGAUUGGAAGAAGGGAACUCGACGAUUCAGUGGGUCAGGAGGAGUAG